CCACCUCCCCCACCCCCACCCCCCACGAACCCGCAAACAAAGCUAUCACCCCAUGUCCUAAAACUACGCACCACCUCUCCCAAAUUCAUCAACCAGGCGCUCAAAGCUCAGCCCGCGGCGGCACCCACCGGCCCCUACUUCUUCUACGGCACCCUCGCCGACCCCUCCCUGCUGGCGGAGAUCCUUGGCUUGGUCGACGACACGCCGCACCUCCGGCCGGCGCACCUCCUCGGCUACGCAUGUAAGCUGUGGGGCCAGUAUCCGGCUUUGGUGGAGGCAGGGCCGGGAUCGGUGGUUCAUGGGUUCGUGUAUGAGGUGCGCACGCGGGCGGAUGGCGAGAGGUUGGCGCUGUAUGAGACUGAGAAUUAUCGGGCGGAGAGGUGUCGCUUUAAAUUUGUGGAGGGGGAUGGGGAAGGGGGUAAAGAGGAGGUGGGGUAUACGUUUAGGUUUGUGGGGGAUGCGGAGGAACUCAGUGAGGGGGGGUUUGAUUUGGGGGUCUGGUUGCGGAGGAUGGGGAGGCGG